UUGCCUGAUGCUACAUUAUAUAAAGUACUCAAUUACAAUAUCUAAGCACACAUCAUCACAAAUAACUUUAUUGGUCUGUCUUGGAUUAGAGCAACAUCAUGAAGAUCUUGAUUCUCUUUAGCCUAACAUUCGCUUAUGGUUUCCUUGGAAAUGGUUUUUCAAAUGCCAAUCAUCUCCCAUAUGACGCCAUUUUCAAUUUUGGUGACUCUAUAAGUGACACGGGGAAUGCUGCUACUUACAACCCAGCUAUGCCUAGCAAUAGUCCUUAUGGUUCAACAUACUUUAAUCAUCCAUCUGGGCGUAUGUCAAAUGGACGACUCAUCAUUGAUUUCAUAGCCGAGGCAUAUGGGUUGCCAAUGUUGCCACCCUACUUGAACCUUACCGAAGGACAAGACAUUACCAAAGGAGUAAAUUUUGCAUAUGCCGGUUCAACUGCACUAGAUAAGAAUUUUUUCAUGCAACAAAUGUUGGAACUAGACGCAGCUUCUUAUUCUUUAAGUACUCAACUUGAAUGGUUUAAGAAGCUCAAACCCUCCCUUUGUAAAAGCAAAGAGUGUGAUAGUUACUUCAAAAACACAUUGUUUCUGGUGGGAGAGAUUGGUGGCAACGACAUUAACGCAAUCAUCCCGUAUAAAAAUAUGACAGCACUUCGAGAAAUGGUUCCACUUAUUGUUAAAGCAAUUACUAAUGCCAUCACCAAAUUAAUAAAGGAAGGAGCAGUAAAGCUAGUGGUACCGGGAAACUUUCCAAUUGGGUGCAAUUCUGCUAUUUUGGCAAGGGUGGGCAGUGAUAGGAAGGAAGACUAUGAUCAAUUUGGGUGUUUGGAAGCUUAUAAUGCUUUCAUCGAGUACUAUAAUGGACAACUCAAAAAGGCUAUCGAGACAUUAAGACAAAAAAAUCCACAUGUUAAGAUAACAUAUUUUGAUUACUACGGUGCUGCUAAGCGUUUAUUUCAAGCACCACAACAAUAUGGUUUUUCUUCUGGUAAAAUCGAGACUUUCAGAGCAUGUUGUGGAAUGGGGGAGCCUUACGGUCUUAGUGAACAAAUAUAUUGUGGAAGUGUUGCCUCAAUGGUUUGUUCAGACCCUUCAAAACGCAUAAAUUGGGAUGGACCCCAUUUUACCGAAGCAGCAUAUAGGCUAAUAGCAAAGGGAAUAGUUGAGGGCCCUUUUGCUAAUCCUUCACUCAAAUCCCCUCCUUUCAAGAUAGCUUAGAAAGAAAGGAAGCAUUGGGAAAAAUUAAUAAAACUAGGUUUUGUCUAUGCAUUUUAUACAUGUUUUUGUAACCAAUGAUGACACAAGCAAA